AUGACGCUAGAGCUUUUUGAAAAAGUAAAACUUCCAGACCCUAAAAGAGUCUUGAAUGCUUACCCACACCAGCUUUCGGGAGGACAAAAACAACGUGUAGCCAUAGCACGCGCUUUGGUGACUCAGGCCGAUUUGAUUCUGGCCGACGAGCCUACAGGCGCCUUGGAUAGCAAAACAAGCGCAGAAAUUAUGGAUUUGCUUUUAGAAAUAAACAACGAA